AUGGCUACCCAGCAAGGAGCUCCAUCCCGUCCAUGGUUCCGCCUAGCAACCAUGGUUCGACCACCACCAGCAGCAGCUCCCACAGCACCAACCCCACAACCUGAUCAAGCCCCGCCACCACCACCACCAAGGCCAGCAGCAUUCAUGCGACCAGCAUUUUCUCAGACAUUUCGAGCACCACCAACUGUACCUCCUACACAAACCACCACAACCCCACCAGCUGUAUCUCCACCACGACCUAUCGCAACCUUACCUGCUGCUAAUGGUGUAGCACCAACAUCACCACCACAACCGCCAGCAGCCAGAGCUUCACCACCACCGUCACCUAAGGUGACUUCAUCUUCAACCUCUAGCACUUCACCAAUGCAACAAUCUCGAUCUCCCUCACCGGUGCCAACUCCCCAUGUAUCACCUCCACCUCCACCGCCUCAGCCAUCAUAUUCACCACCACCCAUCCCUCGUUCAUCAACGCCUACAUACUCCCCUCCAAAAUCCGGCAAACCACUACGAAAAAAACUCGCUUCCAUCUCCUCCAAAUCCAAUCAACCCUGUUUCUCACCCUCCGUCUCCUUUGGCACUCCCUUCACCACAGCUGAAGCCAGAAUACGAGCAGAAGACCAUGGUCGUACAAGAAACAAAAGAAAUCCCUAA